AUGGCUUCCGACGAAGUUUCCCAGCUCUUCUGGCUCCAGUACGGCGAUGCCAUCCGACAGGAGUCCGGAGUUAGAAGUGACAACAAGAUCUUCUUCUUGGCAACCGAAGCCCAGAAGGGUCCUCUGGCCGGCAACAACGUUCCUGAUGCUUACACUGCGCGGGGAUUGUACAACCUCGGCAACAACUUAUUGUCUACCAACAGCGUCUUCUAUAGUCCGUCUGCUCUGCAUGGGUACGACAAGGCAAUCGGCCUCUACUUGAACUGGGUAGACCUGGAGGGAGGAAAAUCUAACCCUGCUUUGGAUGCCAACUUUCUGGAUGCCUUGAAGAAACAAGCCGCCUACCAGAAAGCUUUUGACAAAGAACAAGACAACGCCCAUGCGCAAUGGAGGCGAGAUACUGACCGCGGGUUGACCGACAAGGCAUUCAACGUUUGGGUUCAGAGCGGCAAUGCUCCGGCUCGGAUGGCUGCGAAGGACAACGUCGACAGCAUCUCCCAGACGAUUAUCAAUCUUCAGUUGCAUCAGGGAGGCCCCUUGGCUGUCGCCGUCAAGCAAGAUAGAGACAGCCUCCGCAUGGGCAAGAACGAGGAGACGGACUUUGACGGUUACAACAUGCACGCUGCAAUAGAUAAUGGUCUCAGCACAGCCGAGAUCAUCAGCAAGAUUAACCAGGGAGAUGACAUUUCGGAACCGUCCUUCCAGCGUCUGCCCUUGUACGAAGCUGGAUCCUACAAGCAGUUCGUGCAGGAUGCUCUACAGGAAGCCAAUGACGGCGACUACAGCUCGCCUCAGAGGAUCGAAGUCAACAUCGAUGUUGAAGGAGACGCAUCGGACUACGAAUUUGGGCAAACUGGAGGUGACGGCAACGUUGGAGCUGGUACCGGGUGGUUCUCAUUUAGUGAUGACGCCAGUCACUCUGAGGAGUCCUACGUCUUGGAAACUGGCUCCGAGUCUUCCGAGGUCGAAGUCACCGUCACCUACAAUUCUAUCCAAGCUAUCAGCAUUACCACCGGUCCAUGGAACGUUGAUAUGAGCAAGUAUAAGUUUCGAUCGGACGCCCCAAACAAUAUCAAAACUCUCACCAGGGCAAGCCAGGCUAUUGCCGUGGCAGGUCUUGGCUACGAGAUCACGGUCGGCGAGUCGACCGCCGAAAUCCUCGAUACCAAGUUGGAGGAGACGAAGAAUGCCGGGGGCAGCAUCAGCAUAUUUGGCGUUCACAUUGGUCUGGGAGGCAGCGGCGAAGAUGAGACGCACACUUAUGAUUGGGAUUUGGAUAGCCGGACCUUCAGAGUUACCCCAAACUUUGACAAUAACGUUGUCACUGUGGUCGGCGCAGUCGCGGAGAAGUACUGA